AUGUUUGUGUCCAAACAGACCACGAACAUUAGCGAAUGUAUAUUUGAGCAAUAUAUCUCGCGAUUAACAACGAAUUAUAUCAAUACUUUAAUUAUACUCUCUGGUCAAUCUUGCGAAAUUAUUCAAUUGCAAACUACUCUGAUAUCAUUGACAUUAACUUCUCUGCAUCGUUUCACUAUCGAACAAGAUCAAAAUCUAAUUCUUCGCGUUAGCAUCCAAGAAUUCUCAAGUGAUAAUCUAACAUCGAGAGGCAAAUUUGUUUUAUUACCCAGUGAUUAUUCAACUGAAACAUUCGAUCAGUUAAAACAAUCGUGUUUAGAUCAUCAAUCUUGUCCUCUACUGAUAACAUUUCAUCUUCUAAAUCGUCUAUCAAAUAAGCACUGUGUACAACUUCAUCUUCUUUCGACAAAUGAUAAGCAUCCUGAAAGCACAAAUCUCGAAGAAUUCUCCAAUCUUCUCCUGUCAUUGUCAUUAUCUUUACCGUCAAAUAGACAGAAACAAUCGUUCCAUUUAUCUAAUCCACGCAAUAGUCACGAACAAUCAUUAUUCUCUUUAACAUCAAUCUUCCAUGAAUACGUGAUUAAUAGUGAAGAACAUUUUUUGUAUAUAUUAGCAACUAUAACUAACGAUAAACAAUUGAAAUCAUAUUCGAAAAUUCAACGACUACUUAAAUUACGACGAACUCGAUCGAAAAUGUCACGUGAAUCAACUUCGACUGAAACAGUACUCAAUCGUCCCCACGAAGAAAUUUGGGUUGAUGGCCCAUUGAGCUCAUCACAUCCUAAGAAUGAAAUUUGGAUCGAUGGUCCACGUCAAUUCUCUCCUCGUUCACCUAAAAUUUCAUCACAUCGAUCAACUCCUCGACAUCGAUCGAAACCAAUGCAUACCAAAGCGAAACUUGUUUCGUACUCUCCACAUGAUCACGAAGAUUCGAAGAGUUUCGAUACAGAAUCGGUUGUUAGUUCACAUUGCCAUCUGCCUGUUCUCCCUGUAUUUAAAGAUCAUAGCUUACUUCCAUUUCGUUCGAAUCAAUUGUUAACCAAAACGAAACCCGUGACAACACUCGACUCCCCGAAACUCAAUUUAAAAUUAAGUACAAACAAGUUAAAUGACGAUUUGGAGAUGUUAGAGAAGACUUUGGAAACUCUUCUGGUACCAUCACCUAUCGUACCGAAUGCGACUGAUAAUCAAUCAACGAUGAGUAAAUCAUUAAAUCGCAUCGAUCAUCUAUCAUCAUUAAUGUCGACCGAUGAAAAAACAAAACGUCUAUCACGAAUUGUUUCUCCGACGCGUUUUGAUAAAAUUCUUCCAAUUGACAAUACGCAUCCAUCUGUGCCGAAUUCUCCGUUAAUCAUUCCUCGAACACGACGUGCACGUACAUCAACAAAUAAACCCCAAAUACCUUUGCGUACCACUAGUCUCGCUGAAUCAACUACUCGUCCGUCAAUUUUCCAACGCAUAUUUGGUUUACGUUCAUCACAUCCUCAACAAACAAUUGUUAUUCAAUCACCACCAUCAUCACCUUUAAUAUCACCAUUAACAGUAACAUUAGAUUCUCAUGAUGAUCUAAUGCCAUUAACAACAAGUAGUACAGCUUCAUCGGCAUCUGGACGUGCCAGUUCAAGUGGUUACGAAUCGAUGAGUAAUACAAUACUUGAAGAAAUGCUUGCAUCAAUGCCGACAAAUAUUACAAAUGCAAAUAAUUCAAUUAAAAUACGUAAUAAGUCAACACGGAAAGAUGAUCGUCGGACGAAUAGUAAUGGUUCAUGGAAUAGUCCAACUAUAUCGGAUAAGUCUAAUAGUCAACAACGAAUAUACCAGUUGAAGCAUCGACAAAGUGAACUCAAAUUUGAACUAGCAAUGACAAAAACAUUCUUAUUAAUGGAUAAAAACAGAACUUUAGAUCGUUCAGAAUUUCCCAAGUCAACAAUUCCAAAUAGUCCACUGCGGAAGAAUCAUGAUGAAGAACAUGAACUUGAAAAAGAUAUCGAAUUCUUAGAACGACGCCUUGCGACAGCUAAAUCACAAUUGAAAUUAUCGACAUACGAUAGAUCGAAACAGCUUCUCUCAUAG